AUGCCUAAGGAGAAAGGCGAAAAUAAGGGCAAGGAAGCUGGUGCCGUGAGAGCUAAGACCCACGCUACGCAAAAAGCCUCCCACAGCGAGAUGGGCCCGACUGAACUUUUGAGUGAACACAUGGACGCUUCUGGCAACCCAGUGCCCGAUCCAAGUUGGGGCCCAACAAGAAAACCUGACGACGAUGUCGAUUUGUUUGAGGCUAUGAAUGCGGAGACUUCAGACUUUGAGCGAGAUUGA